CCCCCCCCCCGUCUGCGGCCGCCGUGUCUCCGCAGUGACGUGGGCGGGCCGGCCGUGACGUCAGGCGGUGUGUAGCCUAGUGGGGCGACAGCGGCGCCGGCUCAGCUCAGGGCAGCGGGCGGCGACGGCUGCGGCGCGGGCACAGAUUCAUUCAAAGAAGAAUGAACAGGACGUCUUGAAGAUAAAUCUGGGAGCGUUUUCUUUUUCUUUCCAUAUCAAUUGCUAUGUAGACAUGCAGAUGGACUGCUGUGGAGAUUUUCUAAGUUUGUUAAAUGCAGAGCGACUGAUCAUCCUUUCUAGAUAACUUCCCACACUCCUUUGAGCCCCCCUUUUGGUCCUUGGUGCCAAGAAUUAAAUUCGUGUGCAACAUGCUAUGCUGACUUGUAUUUGUGUCGUUCUGUGACACAAGGAACCACAUAAUUCUUUUUGUGUAUUUUCCUUAAAACAAAACCCGUGUGUUGAACCUGGCCAUUUGCAUUGAGAACCCUAGUGAAUUGAUCUUGAUCCAUGCAGCUGAAGAACGAGAAAAAAACGAAGAUUCAGAGGUAUGCCUCUUAAAGUUAUACGUCCUUUAUUCAAAGAGACAGAGGGAAAAAUUGUGUAUGGCUCUCAGUGAGAUUAUCCAGAAGCAGAACCAACAGGAGGUGACAACCUUUAGGCAGAAGGGCGAUCCCUUUGGAAAUUGGAUUUUUCUGCGGGAGCGAAGGACAGCCAGCGUUGGCGCCAUGCGUUGCUCUUGGAUGCCGACAUCAUACCUGUUGAUCUAACACAGAGGCGUUUUUUUUUCUCCCUGUUGUUUUGUUUUGUUUUUCCCAGCGAUGGAAACCAUCCAGACGAGUUUCGCCCUAGUCCCGGGCACAAACCACAAACUGAGUGAGCUGGAAGAUGACGGCGGCCCCCCAGCCAAGAAGAUGCUAAGCGACUGCCCGGUGGCCUCCGUGAAGCAGGAGCGCCAGGACCCCGAAGGCGGAGAGCCGGGCCCGCGGCACCUGAGCCCAGGCCUGCAGCACACGCUGGCGCAGUUCCACCUGAGCAGCCAGAGCUCCCUAGGCGGGCCCGCCGCCUUCUCGGCCCGCUGUGCCAUAGAGGGCCUGCCACCCGCUGUCUUCCUGCCUCUGCCUGCGCCCCCGGCGCUGCCCGGGCCCCUGCUUGUGCCCCCCGACAGCUCCACAGAGCUGACGCAGACGGUGCUGGAGGGCGAGCCCAUCUCCUGCUUCCAGGUGGGCGGCGAGAAGCGCCUGUGCCUGCCGCAGGUGCUCAACUCGGUGCUGCGCGCCUUCUCGCUGCAGCAGAUCAAUGCCGUGUGCGACGAGCUGUUCGUGCACUGCUCGCGCUGCAGCGCAGCGCAGCUGCACGUGCUCAAGGCGCUGGGUGUGCUGCCCCUGGCCGCGCCCUCGUGCGGGCUGGUCACACUCACAGAUGCACAGCGCCUGUGCCACGCGCUGCUGCGGCCUCGCCCCCGCGCCGCCGGCCCGGUCUCCAGCUCCAGCCCCGCACCCGGCGCCCUGCCACCUGGUGCCUUUGAGGUGCAGCACGAGUGCCUGGGCCGCUGCCGCGGGCUGCUGGCGCCGCAGCUCUAUGCACGCCCCGACGCGCCCUGCAUCCAGUGCCUCGAGUGCGCCGCCCUGUUCGCACCGCAGACCUUCGUGCUGCACUCACACCGGCCGCCCGGCAAGAGGACGUGCCACUGGGGCUUCGAGGCGGCCAAGUGGCGCUGCUACCUGCACGUGAACCCGCGCUACCUGGGCACGCCUGAUGAGAAGCGGCUCAAGGGCGCACUGCAGGAGAUGAAGGACAAGUUCCGCAUGGGAGCCGGCAAGCGGGCGCAGCCCCAGAUUGAUACACCAGGCAUGGAAUUGCAGCCAUGGUACCCAGUCAUAAAGCAGGAAGAUGACCACAUUUCUCAGACACACUCACUUUUACAUCCAAGCUACUACUUGUACAUGUGUGAUAAAGUGGUCGCCCCCAAUGUGUCUCUGACUUCUGUGGGCCCCCAGAUGAAAGAGGUCACCAGGACAGAGCUGAGUGGAGCCUCCCCAGGACAGACAGAGACAUCUCCCAGGGGCAAGCAGCAGAAGGCAGAGUCUUACCUGGAUGUCUCACUCGAGGAACAAGAGAAAAUGGAUGGAAAAAGAAGCAGAGACUCCUGUAGUCGUUUAGAUCCCUUGAUCUCAAAUAAUUCUGCAGGUAAGAGGAAACCCGAGUCCACUGCUGUCAGCACUGCUAGAGACAGCAGCCGGCUAGGAGCUGAUCACCGUGCCGCUGCAGCUUCACCUUCACUUUCUGUCAAAGACGCUCCUUGUGAGGACGACAAGGGAAAAAUCAUGGAGGAGGUCAUGAGAACUUACAUCAAACAGCAGGAAAAACUGAACUCUAUUCUGCAGAAGAAGCAACAACUACAGAUGGAAGUCGACAUGUUGAGUAGUUCAAAAGCUAUGAAGGAACUCACUGAAGAACAGCAGAAUUUACAGAAAGAGCUUGAAUCUUUGCAAAAUGAACAUGCUCAGAGAAUGGAAGAAUUCUAUGUUGAACAGAAAGAUCUUGAGAAAAAACUAGAGCAAGUAAUGAAGCAAAAAUGUACGUGUGACUCAAAUUUAGAAAAAGACAAAGAGGCUGAAUAUGCUGCACAGCUGGCGGAACUCCGACAGAGGCUGGAUCACGCUGAGGCUGACAGGCAGGAGCUGCAGGAUGAGCUCAGACAGGAGCGAGAAGCCAGGCAGAAGUUAGAGCUGAUGAUCAAAGAGCUCAAGUUGCAGAUUUUGAAGUCAUCAAAGACUGCUAAAGACUAGAGACCUUCACAGAGAUCCAUCCGCAUAUCCCCAACAGAGUUCAGUUUUGGUUUUGGUUUUUGUGUGUGUGUGUGUGUGUGUGUGUGUGUGUCUGUGUGUGUGUGUGUGUGUGUGUGUGUGUUUGUUUUGUUUGUUUUGCUUUAACCAAUGAAUUCUCAGCAACUUGCCUGCAUGAAAAUUACUAGACAGUCUAUCCAUUUCUAGAUGAGAGAAAGUGAAGAAGCUAUAUAUUAGUAUAUAAAUUUUUACAUUUUCCAAAUGAACGAAAAGGUAUGUUCUUUGUACUACUCCCUUCCAACCAACUUAAUGAGACUUAUGGUUUCAACUAGCAGAUGAUCUGCCUAUAUUUCUAGUGCAAAUUCAACAGUUGUGUACUUUUUAAAAGCUGUGUGUGUGAUGGCAAAUAACUGUGUUCAGUUUUAUUAUCCGCAUUUUAGAUGGAAUGGUGGAUAUUUCAGAUACAUAGAGUCACUCAGAGGCUCUGCAUUUCUCUCUGGAAUGCAGUCUCCUUUCUAAAUUAACACAGGAUGCUCAUUAUUACAUGCAACUUUUCCGGGUCAGGUUAUGGGGGGAAUAAUGAAGUUCUUUUGUUUGUUCAUAUCUCUCUGGCAAAGUCUGUGAGCACAGGAGUUUCCCUGUGGAGAUGAACCGUGCCUCUGGGCCUGGGGCCUGCUUCAUCACACACUGCUGCUAAGCACACGAGGCCCUCAGCCUUGGAUUUUCAGUUUAAGUACUGCUCUCUUCAGAAGUUUGUCUUUUUCAUUUUGCAUCUUCGCAGGAGGGAAUACAAUGUAAUAAGUUUUGGACUUUUGUUUAUUUCUUUAUAGUAGCUGUGAGGACAUUAAUGUUCUUAAAAAUUGACACCUUUGUUGUACACCAGUUUCUAUGCAGUGCAUAAUCCCUCUGUACAGUUUUGAUAUCUAGUUAUGGAUCUUACUGAAAUUUGUAUAAUGAAUUUGUUUUUCCCUAAUGGAUUUUUUUUUUAAUUGUAAAACAUUAAACACCGUGAAGGUUAUUUUGGAUGUUUGUAUGUUUAAAUGUUAUGUCUUAUCAAAAUUUGCACGAGUGGACCAUUUUUAGUUACUACUUUAAAAUUAGAAAUUUACAGUCAGCUGAUAGUGUAUGAUAGACAAGUGUAGGGAAGCUGAAUUAUUAGCUACUUUAAAGGUGUUUAGAUAAUUUUUAGGAGACAAAAUGCCAUGGUUUGGGGGAAGGGCAGCAUCUGCACUUUUUUUUUUUUUUUUGCACAAAAAGUUAUGCCAUUCUUUAGUGGCAAUUUCAUUGUUAAUAUGUUGACUUAAAAGAGAAUAGCUAAAAUUCCUAGUAUUGCUUUUUAAAUUUUUUUUUAAAGGAAGCUUCUUACUGCUAUCAGUAGUUAACAUUAUCACAUGGAUUUUUUAUAUUUUUGCAUAAGGUACUAUAUCAAAUUACUUGAGUGGUGACUUUAUUUAAAAAUAAAUUAGUUGGGUGUAAGGUUAUGUUCCCAGUAUAGAAGAUAGACUAUCUUAAUGGUAUAGAAUGGGAAAAAAAAAGGUUACCAUUUAGCACAUUAUAUUCAUAUUUUGCUAAAUUUAUACUAAAAUAAUUUUGGGACAUUCCAAAAUGUGGUUUUUAAUAAGAGAGUGUGAUCGAAAAAUAUUUUCUAAUUUCCAUUUAAAUUUCUUGUAACUUUGCAAUUUAAUUUGACUCUUGAGUGUUUCACAAGGAGGAACAAAUGUGAAAAAAACAUAAAGGAAUUGCUGUUAAAAAUGGCAAGCCCUCCAAAUAACUUUUAUUUAGGUCUGGAGAAAGAAAAGUCACAGGCAAUUUAUGAUACUGUUUCAUUGUAUUGUGGCCUAAUUGGGUCACAGCUAAGCAUUUUGGGAGAUAAACUCAGGCCCCUUUAACUUCAUUCCUUUUUUUUUUUUCGAAUUCCCAGAAAACCAUUCUGCACGUUGCUUAAUAAAUAAUGAACUUAAGUUUCAACCCAUAACUUCUAAAAUAAGCUGUUUAAUGCUUAACAUGCUAUUUAACACCUUUAAGUGAUCAUAAACUCUUAGAGUUGAAUAAAGAAGUAUUUUUUGCUGGUCCUUGAUAUAGUGAAGACUUGCCCCAUCAAAUUUGUAUAGUCUUCAUUCUCCAAAAUGAUGUGCCAUGAGUUUCUGCCUCACUUCCUGGGAACCUGUAUCUUUGUCACUUGUAAAUAUUGCACCUGUUAUAGCUGAAAAUAAUUUUAAGUUAAACUGCAACACAUAGCUUGGAAUAGUAAUUUUGUAAUUCUUUAAAAGUGGUCUCUGCUGAAAUCUUACCCAUAUAAACAGAUUAUUCUAGUCUUUGCAUGCUCAUUUUGUGUGUUUGUCUUGGUGUUAGUUUUUGCAUACCAAUGUAUUAGGCAAACAGAUUUUUUUCCCUCAGACUUUGCACUACUCUUCAGGAAAAAAAAAAAGAUCAAAAUAAUCACUUUAAAAAUAUUGGGAGGCAGGUGGUAGUGUAGGGGUUAAGCGCACGUGGCACAAAAAUAUGCCUGUUCAGGACUAGAUCAUCUCUGGAAGGAAUAACGGAUACAGGCUUUCUCUUGAGCAGUGGUCAUAUCUGAUCUGGAUGUUGAUAGUUUUUGUGCUUUAGACAUGAGAAAAGUGCCCCAGACCUACAAAGGUAACAGAGGGAAAGGUAGCGAGGAAGCCCUGAACCGCCCAGACUUCACUUCACACGCAGCUUGUAACACUGGGAAAGGAUCUAACCACCCAACUGUGUGUGACCUGUACUUCAUGGUAGAGCAGAGUUUCCUACUUGAAUUUCUUUGUCUAUGAGCUAGGAUGCUUUAUCCUUCUUGAACUAGUUUUCUAACACACUUAAUAUUAUUACCAGGUAAAGUCAUUUAUACAUAACGGAGUUAAAAAGAAAAAAACAGUGACUAAAGUAGAUGAGAUGGAUUGAGUUCGAUUCUGUUUGCCAGGUGUACCCACAUGCUAAAGAAGUUGUGACAGAAUAGUCAUUUGAUUUGCACACCCGUGGCUUCUGUUUGAAGGAAAAUGAAAAUGAUAAAAAGAGACGAGUAACUCCCUGAAAAUUGAUUGGAAAACUGGUUCUGAAGGUUUUUGACCAGCUUCUAAAAUUUUCUUCUCAGUGCAACAACAAUGACAAAAGAUGACUUACAUUUUAGUUGCCUAGGGAAGAAACCUCAUUUUUGUUUGCCUUUAUGCUUUUAAUCCACAUUGACAGGACAUUAAAAACUCCUAUAAUGAAAAGUUGUGCUCAUACUGUAUCUAUUUCUGUGCUUGGAACUACUUGUGAAUAAUUUUUUAUAAAGCUGUCAGCAAUAAGGGACACAUCACUGCUGUAUAAUAUAUUGUUGGAUUGAAUAAACAGCUGAAGUUUGUUUUCUAGUAAAGGAUACUUAAGCAUUUCCAUUUAUUGGAAGAAAGCUGUAUGAGUAUUCUGUAUUAGCAUUUUUUAAAGGACAGUCUUUAUUACAUUUUUUU